AUGACCAGCACGAAAUCUGCAGAAAAAGGCUCUCAAUUCGAGGCUCGUACUUUCAAUGAAUUACAAUUGAUGAACUUGUGUGUUACUCGCACUAGGGUCUCAUGUGGAGACAAUGGCGUUGAUAUUUUUGGUCCUUACAGAGGACAUAUCCUUCUAGUUCAAUGUAAGAAUUACACUGCAAAGAUAGGUAAAGACGAUAUUAGGGCAUUUGAGGGAGUUCUCUCAAGAGGAGAUUCUGAAGAAAUUAGAGGACGUAGAAAAAGGAGAUAUGUGGGAGCAGUUGUUUCAAAAAUUGGAAGACAAGGAGAAGGAGAUAAAAAGCUUAUUCG